AUGUUUAUCACUCAGGUUCCCGUCGCCACCAGUGGAGGAUCUAACGGAGUUGACAUUCCCGUCGCAACCAAUGCAGGAGUCAGUGGUGUUAGCUCAGGAGUCCCAGUCGUCAGUGGAGAACUCAACAGUGUUAAUCCCGUUAGCACCAAUGGAGGAGUCAAUAGCGUCAGCCUAGAAGCAGCAAGUCUUUUCACAUUCCAUUCAUCAUCUGCUAAUCUUAUAAUCGAUAUAUUUAUUAUACAGAUUCCCGUGGCCACCAACGAAGGAGUGAACAGUGUCAACAUUCCCCUCGCCACCAAUGCAGGACUCAGUGGUGCUACUUUAGGAUUGGCUGCCGUCGGCACCAAUGGAGGGCUCAACAGUGCUACUUCAGGAACGGUUCCCGUCGCCAUCAAUGGAGGACUCAGCGAUGCUGGUAUAAGACCGAUUCCCAGAUUCGUUGCCAACAAUGGAGGACUAAACAGUGUCAGCAUACCUGUCGCCACCAGUGGAGGGUUUAAUAGUGCAACUCAAGGAGUGGCUGCCGCCGGCACCAAUGGAGGGCUCAACGGUGCCACUCUAACAGCGAUUCCCGUCGGCACCAAUGGAGGACUCACCGGUGCUACUACCGGAGUGAUUACCUUCAACGACCGCAAUGGAGUUAGAUGGCGUCUUUUCCGCCAACGCGUCGACAAUUGGUAA